GGCUCAGUCCGCUCUGUCCUCACGCUGCAGAGCCUCUGCUGCCAAUUAUGGACAGGCGGCAUCGAUAUUUUUGCUGAGUGCGCGCUGGGACAAAAGCGACCGGGAAUAUAUUUCACCGGAUCAAGACAAUACGAAAACAUCACAUUUCAGUUUGGGAAGAUGGGAUCAUAUUCGGGGGAUCAAAUGGAAACUGAUGCUCUGAUCGGCUCGCAAAACUCAAAGUAAAUAAAAAAAGAAAAAGAAAAGAAAGAAAGAAAGAAAAACAGAAGAAGGCUUCAAACAGGCCGUAUCUGUGUGCUCCAGGCCCGCGGAGCCGGACACCACAAGAUGGCAAAAGUCUGCUGUGAAAACUCCUCUCUGGCCAGAAAGCGGCCGUCCAACAACAUGUCUGACGACGAACUCGCCGUCAUCGAAAACGGGGACAGCAGGACCCACUCUCUCUGUGAAGACAACUGUGAGAGGGCUCUGUCCUCAGAGUCAUUUACAGGUGCCGGAGCAAUGGCCAGGCUGUCCUACUUCUUCUUCAUGCUGCGUAACUGGGCGUCCCACAGAAUGAACCCCAAAGUGGAGAGGCACGACUCGUUCCUCGAGCGCUUCAGAGGCCCGGAUCUCAAAGACACGUGCAGCCGAGAGAGCAACGCCCAGUCCGUGGGCCACAGCGACAUACUCCGCAAGAGAAAUCUUGUCAGUAAGUGGCCCCUCGCUGCUUACAACAUGAAUAACUGCAACAACACAGAUGACAAAAAAGAGGACAAAAAAGACGAGAUUAAAAAAGAUGAGAAAAAGGAGGAGAAAAAAGAUGAGAAGAAGGAGGAGGAGAAAAAAGACGAGAAGAAGGAUGGGGACAAGAAAGAAGAGGAAAAGAAGGACGAGAAGAAGGAUGAGAAAAAAGAUGAGAAGAAAGACGAUAAAAAAGAUGAUAAGAAAGAUGAUAAAAAGAAAGAGGAGCCUCCGAAAGAAAUCUGGAUCAUGGAUCCUGCAGCGGACCAGUACUACAGAUGGCUGACCGUCAUCGCAGGCCCAGUGUUUUAUAACCUGAUGAUGAUUAUAACAAGGGCCUGCUUUAAUGAACUCCAAGACUCGUACACAAAACUCUGGAUAGUCUUGGACUACACGUCGGACUUCAUCUACUACGCAGACACAUUCGUCAGAUCGAGAACAGGUUACCUGGAACAAGGCCUGCUGGUGAAGGACUCCAAAAAACUGAGAGAUAAAUACAGAACGACACCUCAGUUCAAAUAUGACAUGAUUGCGAUGAUACCCACUGAUCUGCUGUUUGUGAAAUAUGGAUUCAACAACCCGGAGUUCAGGCUCAACCGUCUUUGCAAAAUGGCGAGGCUCUUUGAGUUCUUUGAGCGGACUGAAACCAGAACCAGCUUUCCAAAUAUGUUCCGUAUCAGCAACCUCGUACUGUAUAUCCUUAUUAUUAUCCACUGGAAUGCUUGUUUGUUCUUCGCAAUUUCCAAAACGAUUGGUUUUGGGUCGGACACUUGGGUGUACCCCAACAUCAGCCACCCGGAGCACGGCCGAUUGGCAAGGAAGUACAUCUACUCCCUGUACUGGUCUACGCUGACCCUCACCACCAUCGGAGAGACUCCUCCACCGGUCAGGGACGUCGAAUUCCUCUUUGUCAUCGCGGACUUCCUCACCGGUGUGUUGAUUUUCGCUAGUAUCGUCGGUAACGUCGGUGCCAUGAUCUCCAACAUGAACGCGUCUCGCGCCGAGUUCCAGGCGAAGAUCGACUCCAUAAAGCAGUACAUGCAGUUCCGAAAGGUCACCAAAGACCUGGAAGCCAGGGUCAUCAAGUGGUUUGACUACCUGUGGACGGAGAAGAAGACCUGCGACGAGAAGGAAGUGUUAAAAAACCUCCCAGACAAGCUUAAGGCAGAAAUUGCCAUCAAUGUCCACUUGGAUACGCUGAAGAAAGUGCGAAUUUUCCAGGACUGUGAAGCCGGUCUGUUGAUUGAAUUGGUGCUUAAGCUGCAGCCUCAAGUGUUCAGCCCCGGAGAUUAUAUCUGUAAGAAGGGGGAUAUCGGCCGAGAGAUGUACAUCAUCAAAGAAGGGAAGCUGGCGGUGGUGGCGGACGAUGGAGUCACUCAGUUUGUGGUGCUCAGCGACGGAGCAUACUUUGGGGAAAUCAGUAUCUUAGGCAUCAAGGGCAGUAAAGCAGGCAACAGGAGAACGGCCAACAUCAGAAGCGUGGGGUACUCCGAUCUCUUUGCCCUGUCCAAAGAUGACUUGAUGGAAGCGCUCACUGAGUAUCCGGACGCCAAGAAAGCUCUGGAGGAGAAGGGUAAAGCCAUCCUGAUGAAGGACAACCUGAUCGAUGAGGCCGUAGCGAACGCCGGCGCCGACCCCAAAGACCUGGAGGAGAAGCUGACCAAGCUGCAGAGCAACCUGGACGUCAUGCAGACCAAGUUCGCCCAGCUGAUGGCGGAGUUCACCUCCAGCCAGACGAGGAUGAAGCAGAGGGUCACCGACAUGGAGGCCAGAGUGAAAUCCAUACAACCAGAGGACCUCUCUGAAGUGAUGGCCGACAAAGACAAAAAAGUUCAGUAGUGCGAGCUACCCAGCGAACUCUUACAGGAAAUAAAGGAGUGACACUUUUUAACUUCCUGUGUUUCCAUCUAUUUAUACAUCAUGUUUAUUAUCAUCUUAUGUGUCAAAUUGUGUACAGUGUAUGCAGCAAAGGUUAUAUUUUUGUGUGUACGCUGUGACUCACAGCCAAUUUCAUGUCAUUUCAUGGAACUACUUGAGUACAGUAAGUUGAGCAGAAGCACUCCUGUAUGCAAAAAAAAACAACAAAAAAAGAAGAAAAACGGCUUCUAUUAGCCUUAGAAUAAAGAGAUUUGUUUUCUGAUCAGUAUUGACAUUUUUCAAUAUAUAUUGAUCUAUCUGUAAAUAAAUAAUAAUAAAUAAAACAAGGUGUUAAGGACGGUUCUUACACAAAAGCGCUAUUUCCAUUUGAUACUAUAUGAACAAAACUAUCUAAAAUGUCAAUCCUGUUUAUAAGUUACUGUCAGCAUUCGCUCUCAGUUGUACAUCUUGAAUGUGAAUAAACAUUAAAAUGUUCAUAUAACAUGCACUGUAUGUGUCUAUAUUGUCAUAUUGCGACGCCGACACAUUCUUUUGGUUGUUCUUAAUCGUUAUUAAUGGCUUGGAGGCCACUGAAAACUCUAGAGGACAGAUUAUUGCACAUUUUUAACCUAACGCAGUUAAAACAAGAGGGAGUAUACACAAAUACACAAUCGAGACUUUUGUGUUCAUGUCAGAUCUGCUUAGUUGAGCCUAGACCACAGGUCUUCAACAGGGGGUCCACGGAGGUACUGUGAAAUCUUACGUUGAUUAGACCAGGGGUCUUCAGUGUUUUCAAGUGAAGGACACUCAAACUGAUGGAAAGAUUAAGUAGGCAUGUUUUCUAUACGAAACGCGUCCUAGUGCUUUUUAUAAAUAGACAUUAUUAUAAUCAUUUUGCACUCAAUAUUAACCUAUUCAAAUAAUACACAGGUUCAAAUACUCAUAUUCUUAUUUCAAACAUGUGCGACAGUAGAGUGUUUGAGGAGAGAAAAUGUGGGGGAAAAAAAAAAUAUACAUAUAUAUAUAUAUAUAAGGUAAACAAAAAUCAUCAUCAGCUAUAUCUUGUAUUAUUAAAUUCUACAUGUUUCCUUCAGCUCGACGUAUGUAUCUAUGACAGAAGGUUGUUUAUGUUCCUGCUGUUCUUAUCUCUAUCUUCUUUGAUUCUACCUGGCUGGUCUUAGGCAGAUGGAUUUCUCCACAUGAGCUGGGUUCUGCUCAAGGUUUCUUCCUGUCAUACGGGAGUUUUUCCUGCCACCAUCACCUUCAGGCUUGCUCUGGAGGUUUCAGGUUGGUUUUUGUCUUGAGACAAGUUGUACUGUUAUUGAUGCUAUAUAAAUAAAAUGUAAUUGAAUAUAUAAAAAAUUUUGGGGGCGACCUAGAUCUAGACAUGUCUAAUGUUUUAGGGUCAAUGGUCAAUCAAAAAUUAUAUUUGAUUCUUUAUAACACCAAAGCAAAAGGCUAAACAAACAGGACUGUAACCUACAUGUUGGAGAGGAUGCGGUCACACUGUGGCAGAUCAUACGCAUAUUUUCCUGGAGGUGUCCCACUCUUAAACCCUUUUGGGAAGGAGCACAAAGUGUUAUCAGCAAAGUCUUACGGUAUAACUUUAAUAUUACCCGUUUAUCGUUCUAUUUGGGAAAUUUGGAUGCAGAUUUGCCAAAAAAAAAAGACGCAGAUACCUCCUAAAAAUCUUUAUGGCAGCCAGUAAAAAAGCCAUAACAAGGAGAUGACUCAACACAGAACCUCCCACAGUUAAUCAGUGGGAAGCCAUAACUAAAGAUCCAAGCUAUGGAAUUAUUGAUUUUUAGUCUCAGAUUACAAAGGGACAAAAGUGAUGCCCUCUGGAAAGAAUGGAACACCUACGUUAAAAGAAGAGGUGAUAACCAGUUUUAAUUCUUUAUAUAUCACUUAUGUAACAAAAAAAACAAGGACCUGGUUACUGUAAUCAUCAGAAAUCUACUCGCAAACCCACGGUUUGUACGUGUUUUGUUUUUAUGAAUGAGGCUAUGUGUAUGUGUGCAACUGUCUAUGUCUAUGAUUAUUUGGGAAUAUGGAUGGAAGUGAACAUGUGCACACAAGUGUUCAGGUCCUCAGACAUAUAUGUGAGCACAUAAGUUUCACCUAUGUGUUAUUCUUGUUUCCCCUUGUUCUUUUGUUUUCCUCUGCGUUAUUCUUUCUGUAUCAACAAGGGCACUACAUGGUUAACGGUGUUUUUUUCACCAAUGUAUUGAUGCGGUUGUUGUUUUGUUCAAAAAUAUGAAUAAUAAAGUUUAAAAAAAAAAGAAAAAAGGGGCCCACGACCCCUUAGGUGUCCGCGGACGUACUGCAGGUAAUUUUCCUCCUCAAACACCCUAUCGUUGCACAUUUGAAAUAAAAGAAAAACAUAAUAUUUGAACCUGUAUAUUAUUAGUUUAAUAUUGAAUUUAAAAAGAUGUAUAUUUCUAAAUAGCACUAGGACAAGUUAAUAUUAAUAUAAUGUAAUAAUAUAAUGACUGAGUGUCCUGUCACAGGACAUGAACAGUCGAAAACUUUUCUGUUAAAAAGGAAUUAAACUCCUCAGCUAUAUCUUAUCUGUGUCGAGUUGGCCAUGAAAUCAACAGCUGCAAACCAAAACGUUUGAGCUGCAGAACGAACACACAAAUCCAGCAACUGAAAAGAUACCGAGCGUCUUACAGCUCAGACGAUUCCCAGUGGCUUAAAUAUAUCAGAGUUUGUUUUAAACUUUUAAACAACGCCUCCAAUGAAUAUUUACGACAAAGUUGAUAUUUUUCCACCUUUACUUUGCAUAACAGCAGCUUUUACAGGAGAGUUUCACAUUGUCUGCACAUUCUUCAUGUACCUGAGAUAGUUGUCCAAAUAAAACAUUGAUGUCUUUUCCAUAUUUAUCAUUGCACGUUUGGCAACUGCACUCAGAGGUGUGUGCAAUCAGAGCAAACCAAGAGAAGAGACGUUUUUUUUUCCCCCGUUCUUUCAGGAUGUGAAAGUCUGAACCGAGCAGCCAGUGAGUAGCGACACUCUGAAACCAAACAAUCAGGUCAGGUUCACAACAUUUCGUGGGUUAUACAAGAGGCACCGCACACAAUUAAAACAGUUAGUUUCCGACCGUAGAAGAACCUCAAGGUUAGUGGCGAGCUUGUUGUCACACUGAUGGGAGAUACUUUAAAGAGAAGCUUGUCGGUGAGGCUCUUUGAAUUAGCAGUGAUAAAAAAGGCUUCACCUCAAUCCCUGUUUACUACAAUGACAGUCGUACCCAAGGAGCACCAUAAUUCCCAGCGAACUCUUGUGGGAAAAGAGAGCCUGAGGACUGAAUACUGCUACAUGAAGACUGCAAAAACACAAAAAAGGAAAAAUCAAACCGAAUGACUAAAUACACACUGUAUGUGCUGUGUAUAAGUGCACUUUCACAGUUGUCACAAAUCAAAUGUUGUUUAUGUUUGCUCGGAAAAAUAAAACACACGUGAAAAAAUAAACGAUUCAGGUACUGUCUUUGGGAAACCGUAUGACUAUGAAAGUGAUUCACGAACGAAGGUGUGAAAGGCCCACCGUGAAGUUUGACUGCAAGUGUUUGUUUAGGCACAGGGUUACUGCAGCAUUUUGUUUCAUGGCAUUUCCCUAUGUUGUUGUAUUAUGUUUUUUUUUUGUGAUUUUUGAUACUCCCUUUUUUUUUUUUUUUUUUUCGUUAAAA